AUGAAUCAGAACCACUGGUGUGAAAGAUGGCGUCUCCAGAACAGAUGUGACAGAGAUGGUGAAAUUGGAAUAGAAAGGAAGCCUUACAGGAAACAAGGAAUGAAUACUAGUUACUUAAUUACUCCCACAAUGGAGGAAGAGACGAAUGUGUCGGGCUGGCUGUCCUGGAUUGGGAAUGGGAUCGUCAUCUUCAUCAUGUACAAACAAAGGCUAGCCCUCGAGCCCCAAGAUUAUCUUACAUUGAAUCUUGCUGUAUCGGACGCCAGUGUUUCAAUUUUUGGCUACUCACGAGGAAUCAUUGAAAUUUUUAAUGUUUUCCAAGAUGAUGGGUUUCUCAUCACAACUAUAUGGACUUGUGAAGUGGAUGGGUUUUUGACUCUGCUGUUCGGUCUGGGCAGCAUUAACACUUUGACAGCCAUUAGCAUCAUCAGAUACAUCAAAGGCUGUAAACCACACCAAGCUCACAGAGUUGACAAAUGCAAUAUUAUGCUGGCAUUGUCUUUUGUGUGGUUGAUCGCUCUCUUCUGGUCCAUAGCACCUUUUCUAGGAUGGGGCAGUUACACAGAUCGUAUGUACGGCACUUGUGAAAUCGACUGGAUCCAGGCAACCUUCUCUCUUGCCUACAAAUCAUAUGUUAUUGGCAUAUUCCUCUGCUGUUUCUUCCUCCCUGUUUCAAUCAUGAUUUUCUCAUAUGUGGCCAUAAUAAAAAUGGUCAGAUACAGUCACAAAUGUGCCAGAGGAGGUGACGUCAGCAUACGCCAACGCCAAGUGGAACGUGAAAUAACACGGGUGUCUCUUGUGAUCUGUACAGCCUUCAUUCUGGCUUGGUCCCCUUAUGCUGUCAUCUCAAUGUGGUCAGCAUGUGGUUACAGUGCACCAGCAAUCACGAGCAUACUGGCUUGUCUUAUCGCCAAAUCUGCCAGCUUCUAUAACCCCAUCAUUUACUUUGGCAUGAGCCCCAAGUUCCGCAAGGAGGUGCAGGCUCUGUUCCACUGCUUGAAGGAAAACAAUGAUGUGGGCACCAUGAAAUCUGGUAAUCAGUUUGUGGACAGGAAGAUACCAGAGCCUGGAAACAAAGGUGACAAGUACCUGGUACUUCAGAUUCCUGCAUCUAAGAGAUCAGACCUGGGAGCAGAACUAGAAUCUGGUUUAGACUCCACACAAAACAUCAAUGUGACCUCUAACUUGAAAAAUAUGCAGACACAAGGGCUGGAAAUUGAAUCCGAGCACCUUUAA